AUGAUCAAGAGCAAAGAGCGGGAGUUGAAAAGCACAACCAGGAUCAGCGAGAGCACCGGCGACAUGUCCAUACUUGCAAAGCAGAUGUUUGGCCGUGACCUCUGUCUAUGGAUCAACGGGAUGUCCGCUAUGCUGGAGCCUGCAUUUUCAGCGUGCUAUGACAUUGACCCGGGCCGCCUUCGGGGUGCUGUUUAUAUCCUGGCGGACAGAUGGGCAGGAAGAAAUAAAAGCGUCUGUCCAGGCCCUCCAGCUGACCUGUGGGCUCAGUCCGGGCUGCGGGGCUUUGUUUGUCGACGGGCGUCUAUGUGAGUGAGGGCUGAUGAAGUCCAGCAUGAGGCAGUGGAGGCGGAUGGUGCUGGUGGCCAUGCUGGCCUGGGUUCUCCUCUUUCUUGGCCUCCUCUCUUACUUCCUGGACGCUCGCGUGGACGAGCCCCUGACCUCCGCCGGCUCUUUGCUCUCCCAGCACCCCGACACGCGCCGGCUGGCGUCCAUACAGGCCUCGCAUCAGCAGCAGCAGCAGCACGCCGUCUUGGGCCCCAGGCCCGAAGCCGCUUUGCCAGCAACUCCCACCUUUCGGAGGGACAAGCCAGAGCCACAGCCCUCCACACGCUCCACCACCCCCGAGACCGGUGCGGAGGCCAGUCGCAUUCCAAACGGUUCUCCCUACGCCACUUACGGGAGCCAGGAGGCGGAGCCCCGGGAUUACCUGGACCCGCAGAGCCUGGCGGCCUGGUCGUCCUUCGGCACAGAAAAUGUGGGUUCCCACUCAGACCCUGUGGUCCAGAGUCGCGAGAGAACAUCUCUGAACCGAGAGUACCAAAACCACGUCGGCACCACCCGUGACCGCGGUGGUGAGGAGGAGGAAGAUGGUGGAGAAAACGAGGACGAAGAACUGGACAACAGAGUGAGGACUACGGCUCGCCGGAGGGCCGGCGGCGACUCCUCGGAUCUGGAGGAGUACUACUUCUCCAAAUCUGCCUCGGUGGUGCAGCGGCUGUGGAGGGGCGGCGCCUCGGCCGGCAUGCUGAGCCCCCGGCUGCAGCGCGCCAUGAAAGACUACAUGAGCGCCAACAAACACCACGUGUCCUACAAGGGCCGCCGCCGGGCCGCCCAGAGCGCCCGGGACCUGCUGUGCCAGAUAAAAGCCCAGGCCCGGCUCAGGACGGUGGACGGGUCGGAGCAGCCCUUCUCCGCGCUGGGCUGGGCCGGCCUGGUGCCGUCCCAAUCUCUGGAGCAUCUGUACAGACGGCAGGGACAGGAAGGCUUCAGGACCUGUGCGGUCGUCACCUCUGCCGGCGCCAUCCUGCGCUCCGGCCUGGGCAAAGAGAUCGAUGCUCAUGACGCAGUUUUACGCUUCAAUGCUGCACCCACGGAGGGAUACGAACGAGACGUCGGGAACAAAACCACUAUCCGCAUCAUCAAUUCCCAGAUUCUGGCUAAUCCCAAACAUCGAUUCAACACAAGCUCCAUCUACAAGAAUGUAACCCUGGUGGCCUGGGACCCUGCGCCUUACACUGUUAAUUUACACAAGUGGUACGCCAGUCCAGACUACAACCUGUUCGGUCCGUACGUGGAGCACCGGAAGCGCCAUCCUGAGCAGCCCUUCUACAUCCUUCACCCCGGAUACGUGUGGCGACUGUGGGAUGUGAUUCAGGGCAACACUCAGGAGAACAUCCAGCCCAAUCCUCCCUCAUCUGGCUUCAUCGGUAUCCUCCUGAUGAUGGCGCUGUGCGAGCAGGUGCACGUGUACGAGUACAUUCCCUCCACGAGGCAGACUGACCUGUGCCACUACCACGAGCGCUAUUACGACGCCGCCUGCACCCUGGGUGCCUACCACCCCCUCCUCUACGAGAAGAGCCUGAUCCAGCGGAUCAACACGGGCCCCGAGAGUGACCUCAGGAGGAAGGGACGCGUCUCCCUUCCAGGCUUAAGCACCGUCAACUGUGACAUCUGAAAUGAAACCUGACCCCUCUGAGCCCGAGGAUACGCACACAUGUACACACACUUUGGCCUUUUUCCGGCUGACCAAGGGGGAGGUGCAAUAAAGCCACAGCAGGAAAAAAAAAAAGAAAAAGGAAAAGGCCGAAGCGUACGAGUUUCAAAUUAGACCCAUGAAGAGCAUAAGCCAUAGCCCUCUAGGGAGGGAUGAACAUGGAGUUUUUUCUGAAAGACACUGUCUCCAUCAAAGAUGGUUUACUUGACUAGAGACUACAGCUGGAGGAGGGGGGACGAAAAGCAAAAGGAAAAAUGCGAAGUUUUCUGCUUUUAGCUGAGCCACGCUAGCUGUGGAGCUAACAAGGUUAGCAACAGAUCUGUGUUUUAGAUAGAUUGAAUUUUCAAAUAACUGGGUGUGUUGCAUUCGUGUAAAGUCUGUCUUUUGCAGUAGUGAGGGUGCUUCUCGCCUUAACAGAGAAGUCGCUGUUGGGUUUUUUAUUUUAUUAUUUUUUUUAUAUUUUCUUCACUGGUGGAUGGGGGUGGGUGGGUAUGGAUUAAAUGGACCAUCCACUCUGAAUGUCUCAAACGACCACACAUGGUUUCAUCGAUGUUUAGCAGCGACUCGUGUGGAAGAAUGCACAGUUUUCGAGGCUGAUUGUAAAGCCCUCACAGCAGCUGUACUACUGUACAUAUCUUCCAGCAAAAAAAAAAAAAAAAA